GACAGAGUCACUUCCUGGCUGAACGAAAUUGAGAGGAGUACUAACAUUUGACCUGCGGAACAAAUCAAAGAAUUAAAUAAACAUCCGUGGAUAUUCUGCGACAAUAACUUCAGAAGUGGGAUCGAGACACUUUAAAGUACAAGCCUACAUAAGUAUAGGAUCAGUGGCAUCCACGACAAUAAGUAUUUUCAUCAUUUCAUAAAUGGCUGAUGAAAUGAUGGACAAAGAAAAAAUUACAGAGUGGCUGCUGGAGAAUGAGAUAAUUUUUCCAGCCAGCGCAACACUAAGACAGCUACGCAAACUUGCCAUAAGUGGUGGAAUGGAGGAGGUAUCUGGAAGUCUGGAGAAAUUGGAAAUUGAAAACCACCAUAACGUUAACAUAGAGGGAAAAGUGUCUGAAAGCGAUCAGAUGGACGAUUUAAAAGAUGAAGAAGACUUGCUCGACGCAGCAAUUAGGGUGGCUGAGAAGAAGAAGAAACUAGCUGCUCUAAUGACAAUGGAUAAUAAUGUGACGGACGAUAUCCGAAUGGUUAAGCAGCUUGUUGUCCCAUUUUCCGCCAGUGAAAAUGAUGAAGGCUCCAAAUGGAUCUUGGAUUUUGAACGGAUGUGCAGAGGCGUGAACGAAAGCAACCAUUUUCGACUUCGCUGUGUGCGAAUGUUGAUGAAAGCGGGAACCGAGGCGGACUUGUUCAUGCGUGUCGACAAAUCGAAGACUUACGAUGAGUUUAAAGAAAACUUCCUGAAAACUUUUGGUCGCAGUAAUUCAACUGCUGAUGUGGUACUGCUCUUGAAGGAAACCACUUUCAAUCCAGGGAAGAACUCCGUAAUGGGAUACAUUCUUCUGAUGGAAGAAAUUGCUAUGCGUGCCGACAUCGAAGAAAAAUUAACGGUUCAGUUUAUCAUUGAUGGUUUUCGCGAUCGUUCUACCAGUAUCGCCUUAUUGUAUUCAGCGACGACCAUUGGAAAACUUAAGGAGCUGGCCCGUCAAUACGAGGCUUUAAGGAAGAGUACCCAGACGACUUUCAAGCGCUCUGAGAUGAGUGCAUCAGGACCUGACCAGAACCAGGUGCGCUGCUAUAAUUGUUCAGCGCAUGGACAUUACGCUUCAUCGUGUCCCGCACCUCUGCGGGAGAAGGGAUCGUGCUUCCAGUGUGGGUCCAUGCAGCACAAGGUGAAGGAUUGCCAACAGAAGCCUGUGCCAACUCAACGAUCCGUGAAUACAGCCAGCAACCAGCCGAUGAUGGACGACGGAGAGCAGCACAAUAUGUUUGUUCCUAUUAUGAAUCAGCGCUAUUAAUUUGAUGCAGCGUGCGGCGAUGCCUUAUGUAAAUUUUGAUGAUGUACUAAGACCAACUGAGUAUUGUGGAGUAAAUGGUUCAAGAAUAAGCACUUUUGGAAAAAUAGUUGUUAAAGUAAAUUUUCAUAACAUAGAGAAAGAACUCAUAUUUUACGUUGUACCCAAUAAUUAUGUAUCUAGUAAUGUCCUUCUGGGGCGUAGUUUCCUUGAACAUUAUGGAAUAAAAUUGAU